AUGCAAGAUCACAAGUCGCGCCCGCGCCACCAGCAGACACCUGCAACCAUUGCUAGUCAGCAACAUCCAACUCCUAAUGAAUCACAGGACGACCACGUCCCCGCUCCCGACGAGCGGACUGGGGAUAGUCCUGGCACAGAGGAAUUACCCAAGGCGCAGAGUGAAAAUGUGGCCAACAGCGACUGUAAUGACGAGCUGCAGGAAGACUUCGACAUGAUCUUUGCAGAACACCCCACGAAGGCUGCGGACCCGGUUGGCAUUCCCUUGCCGCACGAAUAUACCGACUGCCCAACCAUUCCGCCCGCAUAUGAUGCGACUUGCAUCAAAUCUUCGUUCUUGCGGGAGGAUAAUCAAAAGGAGUUCUGCCAAUCUAUCCAUGGGAGCAUAGGAUGGGACUUUGAACAUGAUCCUGUCUUCAAACGAUACCCUGGGAUGAUUGUCCGGAUGUUUCCUGGCUACGACCAUGGCUAUUUCACAUAUGCAGCCCCUGUCCGGCAUCCAGCCUCGGCACCUAUUAAACUCCCACCUCCGUUCCGCAUUUGUCGUGAGGCUCUGGACGAAAGGAAAGAACGGCAGGUAUCUUUGCAGAUCGAUCGAGAUCGGAGUAUUGAUCACUCCAAGGGUCGUGGUGGCCAAGACCGUAACGGGUAUCACCGGACGCCAAGUCGGUCAGGCAAACGAGAUCUGGAUGACUCGUGUGUGUCCGAGGAUAGAGCUUCGAAACGUCCCCGAGUAAGCCCUAACCAGGUGACCACUCCGUCCCGAAGUUGCCAAAGCUCGGCGCAACAGGCGACGCCCCAGGCAAAGCCAAUCCCGGACCAUGAUGGGUGGUCGCCAGAGGCCGAAGAGAGUGUCACAAGCGGCAACGGCGCAGGAGAUGUUAAGCUACAUCGGCCCCCUGACCGGCCGGAUGAUCAACCUACUCCAUCUCACCAGGAACGCGGUGGUAGACCUCAUUCAUCAAACCUCCGCCAUGACAGCGGCUACCAUAGUGAACAGCCGCAAGACAAGCCUCGGUCUUCGCGGCGAGAAUCCGAGUCUGGGUGGCGGCGGGAGGAAUGGUCAUAUCCCAGAAGACAUUCACAUUCUCGCAGCCCAGUUGGCCGCAGCAGUCGCCGGUCGUCACCAGAAGACUGCGGGGGUCGUGGUCGAAGCAAUUCGCCCCUCACUGCGCUGGAGGCCGAACUCCUCGGCCUAUCUCAUCCGAGCGAGUCUCAGCCAAAGAAACCGACACUCAAGAAGCCCGCAAAGCGGCAAGUGAAGGUUGCGUCGGCCUUCAGUCGUCGCUGGUAG